AUGGACUCAACUACACAAGCUCAGCCACAAGAUUUACACAAUGAGGAAGAGGAACAGACCCAUGAGGCUCUGGAGGCCUCAUUGCCUGCAGAGCCUGUCUCGAGUGAUAGAGAUCGCAGCGUGAGCCCUGAGGGGCCGCCGCCGCCGUUACCUCCGCGGCCAAAUACACUGGGGUUGUUAGAUGAAAGCCCAUCUUCUCGAACGAUACGGCAAACGCCACAGGCAAACCUACAAGCAAAAGCUACGACAGCUGUAUCCUUGACGGACAUUGGUUUUCAGCAAUUCCAGGAUGGAGCAAAGGAAAACUACCCUGUUCGAUCUGGAGGAUUGAAGGCUAAAGCCAGUCUCAGCCAACUGGCCAGCUCCAAAGCAAGUGAAACCGGUGAUUCCGCGAGCAUCAGGAGCUCGGUCCCCAACGCAGAACCGGGCGAGACUGAAAAUAUCUUUGGGGAUUUUAUUGCAACGGAUCCGGGGGUCAUUCAAGAGGAUAGCACUGGUCUUCUUCAGUUUCCAGAGUUCCACGCCGACAAUGUGGAUGAUGAUUUCACAGGCGAGUUUGAAUCAGUCGGGGAAGUUGAUGAAGAUGGAAAGAAUGAAGAACUGCUCCUCGAGAGAUGGAAGGCGAAACGAAAGCACUACCUCAUCAUAUCUGCUGCCGGAAAGCCUAUAUGGACGAGACAUGGGGAUGGUGGUUUGAUAUCAACUCAUGUUGGUGUCAUUCAGACUAUACUUUCAUUCUACGAAGAUGCAAAUGAUCACCUGAGCAGUUUCUCUGCUGGAGAUACCAAGUUUGUGAUCAUCACCCGAGGACCACUAUACUUGGUAGCUAUCAGUCAACUACUAGAGAGUGAUGAUCAGCUUAAGCUUCAACUUGAAGCCUUGUAUAUGCAGAUUCUAUCUACCUUGACUCUCCCGUCCCUCAGCCACCUGUUCUCCAUUCGGCCAUCUACUGAUCUGAAACGACCUCUGCAGGGGUCUGAAACCCUUCUGUCAACGUUGGCGGAUAGCUUUACCAAAGGAUCGCCUUCCACACUUCUAUCAGCAUUGGAAUGCCUAAAGAUCCGCAAAGCUCACCGUCAAACAAUCAACAAUGCACUGCUGAAAACCAAAGACAAGGCUCUGCUCUACGGACUGGUUGUAGCAGGUGGACGACUAGUCAGCGUUGUGCGACCAAAGAAGCAUUCUCUACACCCCGGUGAUCUACAGCUGAUCUUCAAUAUGAUCUUUGAAGCUGACGGUGUCAAGGCCGGUGGUGGUGAAAGUUGGAUUCCAGUGUGUCUGCCCGGGUUCAACAGCAGCGGGUAUCUGUAUAUGUACGUCAGCUUCCUUGACAUUCGAGAAGAUGUCGACGAUGCCGCGGAGAAUGCGACAAAGGAAGAGUCAGUUGCUAUCAUUUUGAUAAGUGCGAACAAGGAAAGCUUUUUUGAAUUACAAGAAAUGCGCAACGCUUUUGUCGAGCAAAUGGAAAAGAACGAUAGUAUAAAUGUUAUCAGAGCUGCAAUAAACAAAGGCAGAUCCACAACCACCGAUAUCGUCCCCGGGACGGUUCUGCACCAUUUCCUAUACAAAUCACGAGCCAAUGUGCAGUUUACCAUGUCCUCUUUGGACCCCGAGUUCUCCUCAAUAUCUCGACGUCGAAGACUAAUGUCAACCUACAAUAACCUCCAUGCAAGUAUUCACGCCAAACACACCCAUGUCAAAAUCCACCACUGCGUCUCUCAGUCCGCAAGCUCCUUUGCGUGGGUGACGCCUUUAUUUGAGCUAUAUUGCGUCGCUGGUCCGAACGCAAACCGAAAUGCCCUUGCGCAGAGCGCGACUAAAAUUGUCGAGUGGGUGAACCGAGAGGAGGAAAGGCUGUUCAUCAUUGAUGGUGCAGUUUUCUGA